AUGACGGCUUGCAUUACUAAUUGUUUGCUUGAAUGGGGUUUGGAUAAUGUGUUUACUAUUACAGUUGAUAAUGCUAGUUCUAAUGAUGUUACUGUGAAAGAAAUGUCUAAACAAUUAAGUAAUUGGGGAACUAACAUUAUGGAUGGUGACCAUCUUCAUGUGAGGUGUAUGACACAUAUCCUUAAUCUUAUUGUGCAAGAUGGGUUGAAGGAAAUUGGUGAAGAUGGAACUAGUGCAAAAGAUGGAACUAGUGUAGAUAUUCUUACAAGUGUUGACUGGAAAAAUGUGAGGUCAAUGGUGAAAUUUCUUGAAACUUUUUAUGUACUUACUUUGAAAGUUUUUGGUUCUAAUUAUGUCACUAGCAAUACACACUUUGUUGAAAUUGCUGAACUUAAUCUUAUUUUGAAAGAGAUGAUGGAAAAUGAAGAUGGUAAUUUGAAAGAAAUGACAAAAAAUAUGAAGGAAAAGUUCAAAAAGUAUUGGGGUGAACCACAUAAAAUGAACAAGAUGAUCUUUAUUUCAUCCGUGUUGGAUCCCCGUAACAAGCUUGAUUAUGUUCCAUUUGCAAUUGGGGAUAUGUUUGGAAAAGAAGUUGGGGAUGAGCUAUGUUCAGAAGUGAAAAAAUACAUGAACAAAUUAUUUGAUUAUUAUGUUGAGACAUCCUCAAAAAGCUCUUUACAUGUACCAUCUUCACCCACUUCAUCUGACAACUCAUCAAUUAUAUCUAGUGUGAGUGGUUUUGGCAACUUUGUAAAUAGAGGAAGAAUGAGAACGAAACAACAAUUUGAGAAGCAUAAAGAAGUUAGUGGAAGUUCAGGUAGUAAAUUAGAAUUGGAAAGAUAUCUUGCUGAAGAUAUUGAGCCAGAUAGUGAUGGCUUUGAUAUAUUAAUGUGGUGGAAAGUAAAUGAGCCGAGAUUUCCUAUUCUCGCGGAGAUGGUUCGUGAUGUAUUGUCUUAA